UAAAUGAUACAAAUAAAAAUAUUUUCACUUUUCCAAAUAUCAAGGCAAUAGAAGUAUAUAGAAACUUCCUGCAGUAUAUAAUCAAAACCUAGCAAUUCCAAAACGGCACAUACAAACCUCUGCUCUCUCAAUUUUCCUCCCUACCAACAAUCAUGAGUCGACAUCCUUCUAUCAAGUGGGCCCAGAGGUCUGACAAGGUGUUUAUCACAGUUGAGUUACCUGAUGCCAAGAAUGUAAAGCAGAAACUAGAAUCAGAAGGAAAAUUCUCUUUUUCUGCAACUGCUGGAGCUGAUAAUGUUCCAUACGAAGUCGUUCUUGAUCUCUUUGAUAAAAUUGACGUUGAUGAGAGCAAGUCUAGUAUUACAUGUAGAAAUAUCUGCUAUCUUGUAAAGAAGGCAGAAGACAACUGGUGGAGCAGACUGAUUAAGCAAGAAGGUAAAUCACCAACGUUUUUGAAAGCUGACUGGGACAAAUGGGUUGAUGAAGAUGAACAGGAUGGUGAACCAGCUGGAGCAGAUAUGGAUAUGGGUGACAUUGACUUUUCGCAACUCAACAUGGGUGGUGGUCUAGGGGAUUUUGAUGCUGAUGAGCCUGAAGAAGAAGAUGAAAGCGACACUGAAGAAGAAAUCGAGCAUGAACAUAGUGAAUCUCAAGCAGCAACUCCAGCAAGCCCUCAAGUUGAGAUAAAAGCUUAGAGAAGCUCUCCCUAUUUUUUAUGCUUUUUGUUUAACUUCUAAUUAUUAGUAUAAGAUAUUUAGUUUGAAGUUAUGUGUCUUGACUAUUGGUGAUGGAGCUUAUGUUUUGGCUUUGUUAUUCAGUGUUUAUACAUUUGGGAUUAUUUAACUUAGAGAAAAAGUAGAUUAUGAGAAGUAAUCUGAGGAUCCAAUUAUGUUAAGAAACAAAUUAAAUGUUUUUGUUGCA